ACUUUUCUACUUGACUAUACUUGUGAUUAUUUGGAUAAACCGACCAACUUCAGACACAAUUGAUGCGCAGUGUGUGUUUGUGACAUGACACUAUUACACUAGCAAUUUAAGUAGUGAUAACUGAUCACUUUGGUGUAAACAGACGCAGUGCAAAAUGGACAACGCUCCCAGGAUAGGAGUCAUUGGCGCCGGCGUGGUCGGCCUUACCGUAGCUGACAUACUACAGAAGAAUACCAAGGCCAAAAUCACCGUAAUAGCUGAGACCUUCAGAGAAGACACAGUUAGCAGCGUCGCCGCUGGAAUUUUCCGACCUGCUUCGACAUUCAAAGGACCAUCGAAAGAAAUCACCAAAAAAUGGAUUCAUGAUUCGUGGCAUUACUGGCAGGACAUAUUGAGAACACCAGAAUCACCCAAAGCUGGUAUAUUUUCGUUCAAUUGUUACGUGUAUUCUACUAAGAGUUACGAAGCCACAAGAAAUCGGUUGAUCGAAGAUUUGGUUCCUUAUUAUAAGCAGAUGUCUGAUGAUGAGUUAAAUAUUGUUGGUGGACAACAAAAAUAUGGGUCAUUCUUCUCAACUGUGAAGAUCGGAUGCGAUAGCUAUUUGCCCUGGACGGAAAAAAGACUGAAAAAUAACGGUGUCAAGAUUAUUCAGGAAAAAGUGGAGAGUUUCGCUUCGAUAGCGAAGAAAUUCGAUUUAGUUUUCAAUUGUACCGGUUUAGGUGCUAGAUAUUUGUGUGGCGAUGAGGAUGUGAUCCCUAUAAGAGGUCAGAUCGCUAAGGUUAAGGCUCCUUGGUUGAAGGCAGCCUUUUAUGGUGAUUUCGCCGACACUUAUAUUAUUCCUGGCAUAGAUGGGUUGGCGACUUUAGGGGGGGUUAGAGGUUAUGACAGUUAUAAUACCGAGUUUAAUAAACACGAAGCUGCAGCGAUUUUUGAAAGGUGUUACAAUUUGCUACCUCCGUUAAGGAAAGCUGAAGUUUUGGGUCAUAGGGUUGGGUUGAGACCUCAUAGGGCCGUGGUGCGGGUGGAGCCAGAGUUGGUGGGAGAUCUGAGGGUGGUGCAUUGCUAUGGGCAUGGGGGUUAUGGGGUCACCACGGCCCCGGGGACGGCGCUCUAUGCUGUCAAUAUCGGUUUGGAUUUGUUGAAAACGAACUCUAAGUUAUAACUUUCGCUUUGGUUUUGAAAGAGUGAUUUAUAAAAAUACAUACAUACAUACACAUAAUCACGUCUAUAUCCCUUGCGGGGUAGACAGAGCCAACAGUCUUAAAAAGACUGAUAGGCCACGCUCAGCUAUUUUGCUUUAAGAUAGCAUUGAGAUUCAAAUAGUGACAGGUUGCUAGCCCAUCGCCUAAAAGAUGAAUCCCAAGUAGGUAUAUAAGCCUACCCCUGAGUCGCCUUUUACGACAUCCAUGGGAGAGAGAUAAAGUGGUCCUAUUCUUUUUUCUAUUAGGAACCACACGGUUCAAAAUAAAUGUAUAUUUAAUAAUUAUUAUUACAAGGAAAGGGUAACAAGAAGAGUUAAAGUACUUUGUAGUUACGCCACAAAAUGUUUUUCAAUAUAUGUAUUUACGCAGAGAAAACAAGGAAGGAAAAAACAAAAAAGGGUAACUCUGUUUUCAAAAAUUAUGGUUAUAAAUUAUUUAUUAGGCUUUUCUUCAGAAGUGGGAUAUACAUUUUUAUUUCAAAUGUUUAUAAAAUAAUAACUGUUUAAGUACAUAUGUACCUUAUAUUUAUGUACAAUUGUAAGAAGUCUUUAAAUAGUCGUUAUCGUAAAUCAAAGUACAGUGAUAGCGACAAAUACUGUUAUUGUAAAAUAUUAAUAUUACAAUUAUAAGAUGUUCUCAGUAUACUGUUUAAAAAUAAAUAUAAUUCAAUUA